UUAUUUACUUUACCGUUAUUGGAAGGAAGUUAUUUCAACUGCUGGCAACAUUGGUAGCUUUGUCUCCCGAAGUGUGGUGUUUGGUAAAUAAACGACACUCAGUCAGUGGCAACACUGGCCCCAGCCUUGUAAUAUGGCCGCUUCAGGCAAGAAAUCAAAAAAGGCAAAAUGGAUUCCGGCCAGCAUCACAGAUAUUAUUGCAGAGCCGACUACAAUUCCCACCGCAAACAGCUGGGCGGAAUCGGUAGAUGAGGAACCCGAAAGCACCAGCUAUGGAGGGUACCAGACCAGACCCCGGGCUCCGGUGGUUCUCCCGUCGGCGUCGCGAGCGGCGCGCGGCGGCAUGGCGGUGGACGACGAGGACAUACCGAAGCGCCCGCCCUACAUCGCUCACAUCUCCAACCUGCCCUACGAUGUAGAUGAGACUGCUAUCUCGGAGUUGUUCGCUGGAUUGAAGAUUCUCAGCUUGAGACUUCCAAGAGAAAGCGACCGCCUGAAAGGAUAUGGAUACAUAGACUUCGAAGACAGAGAAAGUCUUAUAAAUGCCAUGAACAUGCCAGAUCUGACAAUAGGCGGCCGGCGGAUAAGGAUAGUCGUCUCUACCCAGGAGAACGACCGCCGCAUGGGCCGGGGCGGCCGCUCCGACCGGGAAAGGGAGUACGACCCGGAGCGCACGAUGGGCGACUGGCGCUCGGGCCCGCGCGCGGCGCCCGAGCCGCAAGCACGCGAGCGCCCCGCCGGCCGCGAGCCGAUGCGCGCCGACCGCGAGCGCGACAGGGACUCGAGUGUAGACAACAAGCCGGGCGCGUGGCGUGACGGCGAGCGCGCGGCGCCCGAGCCGGCCCGCACGCCCUACGGCGGCCGAGACUCCUUCGGCCGCGACCGCUACGGAGAGGACCGUGGCCGUGAACGCAGUGGCUACGGCGGACGCGAUGGAUUCCGUACAGCAGAUCGUGAUGGAUUUGGUAGUCGGGAAAGCAGAGGUUUUGGCAGCAGAGGAUUCGGCGAUCGUGACAGAGACAGAGAUCCGCCCAGAGAAGACGCGAAACCUCGCGAGCGGCCGAAGCUGAACUUGCUCCCGCGUACUGUGCCGCGUGAGCCUGAAGUGGCGCUUAAGCCGGCCGACGGCGCGUUGCUCGACGACAAACCCGAGAAAGUCGAAAAGGCGCCGCCGAAGCCCGUGCCUGCUGAGAAGGUGUUCGGCGCUGCUAAGCCCGUCGACACUGCUGCUAAGGAGCGUGAAAUUGAAGAACGCCUUCUAAAACAAGAAGAAGAAUCAAGACGUGCAGCUGAAGAAAAAGAACGCUGGGGUCGUAGGAACGAUCACUCCGGUGACCGUCGCGGUGGUGCCAGACGCGACGAGCGCGGCAGAGACUCGCGCAGCUUCAACCGAGACCGGCGCGACUACUCCAAAGACGACAAGGACAGGCGCGACGACGACCGCAGGCGAGACUACUCUAAGGACGACCGGGACCGGCGCGACGACCGCGACCGCCGCGACUACCGCGACGAUCGCGACCGGCGGGACGACCGCGACCGCCGCGAUGACAGCAGGCGGGACGACCGCCGGGACGGGGGCCGCGACGACCGCGACCGCCGGGACGACAGGCCCCGCGACGACCGCGACCGACGGGAUGACACCAGGCGCGACUACCGCGACGACAGAGACAUACGCGACUCCAAGGAUGAACGCGCGCGACGCUCGCAUUCGGGCUCGAGGCGCGGCUCCCGCGACUCGCGCUCGGAGCCGGACGAGCGGCGCGAGCCUUCGCCCGAGCGCAACGGCCGCGCGCGCGACCACAGUCGCGACGACAAGCCCUUGCCCAAGUUGAAGGAACAGGAGAAACCGAACUUUGUUGCGUCAAAUAAAUUCAGCUUCCUAGAGGACGCCAACGACGGUACAUCCGAUUAACACACAGAGUGCGCUAAAUAUUGCAAUUAUACGAGACUAGAGUGUAAAGUGUAAAUUAACGAGUAUCAAGUGUGUAAGUGCGGACGCGGCGAGCGGCGGCGAGCAUGCCCGAGCAGCUCCGAGCGAGCCCCAGCCUUUGUUGCCCUUCCACUACCACAAUUCCUUCGCUACUCUGAACUAGAUGCCUAAUGUAUUUGCUCACAUAUUUCUAUCAGUCGAAGUGCAGUAAAGGCUGGGGCUCAUGAUUUGUGACCAUAAUGUACUGAUCGGUGUAAAUUUUUCUAUGGGUUUGUUACGUAAUAGUGUUUUGUAUGAACGGUUGCAGAAUAUAGCAGAGAGCAAUAAAUGCAAAUGAUUUACUAUUAAUUAAUUCCAUUUCCUACUGUUAUUCUUAUUAUCGGUACAGGUGCUCUCCAUUUUUUUGUGAAUAAUAUUUCGUAAUUCUAUUAUAUUUUUACUACCAUAGGGAAUCUUAUCUAAUUUCUUUAUUUUAGAAUGUCUUGUGUUAAAUAUUAGUCGAUUUAGAUUUAUUGUUAGAAUGUUAAUUGUAUUAUUUAUCUUUACACUCAAAAUUUGUUAUCAAGCUCUACGAUAUUAAAGGCGCAAUAUUUACUUUAGUUUGCAAGUAUGCAUAUUAUAUUGUGUGGUUGCCUUAAUCGUAAAGAAUUAGUUAAUAUGAAAAUUUAAAGUACCUUGAAACAGGAUAAGGGCCUGGUCACAAGAAUAUUUUACGGCGAAAAGUGGUCUACACGACUGGAAUAGUUUUUAAUACAAUAUUCUUAUGUUUGGUACACCUCAUUCUAAUUUGAAUUAUAAAUAAAUUACCUUUUUACAACCA